AAUCGUCCGUGUGUGUUGUCAGAUUGACAAGUGCAAAGUAACGCUGCUUGUGUAUACAAACACGAGACGCAGCAGGCAAAAGCAAAAACUUGGAAGAAACAAAGAACACAAACGGAAAAGUGUUGCGUACCGUGUGUGGUGGAAUAUUUUUUUGUGCAAAAUUCACUAACAAUCUCACACAAUGGGAGCACAGGUGUACACUCAGAGGGUGGAAAGAUUGCACUAUUCGCCGGCACCACCACCGGUUAAAAUUUCCAACCGGCUGUCCCCGGCCAAAUGCCGUGUAAAUCGCACCAAACGGCAACUUUUCGGAUCGCCCAAAUCCGACGAACUUAAGCAAUUUUGCAACACACAGUUGCAGCUGCAGGAGGAAGAAAAGCGGAAAAAGUGGAACUUUGAUUUCCGCCUUGGCAGACCGAUGGACGGGCCGUUGCAAUGGGAGCAGGUUAACCGUGUGCCGGUGGUUAUGUUAACCCAGGCAGCACACGUUUUACCGUUGGCUGCUGUCUUCAAUAAUCAGCGAACAAGUAGCAUCAGUUCCGAAGAUUCGUGGGAAGAUCUGAUGGACGAGCGAGCGGAACGGCCCAACCGAGGCGUCAGUGUGGAUUCCCUUGACGAGUCUCCAUCGUCAACACCGUCGGCACUGUCGCCCGCCCAAGUAGAGAAGGAAGCGGUGGUCGAGUCGGUUCAAACCUAUCCAAUUCUGCCAAAAUCUCUCAAAGUGUCUCCCCGGCGCAUCAGUUCGCCAAAGCCAUCGUCGUCGAAGGGUUCAAAAUUGAGACAGCCAACACUUACAGAACUUUUGCAAGAACGCAAGCGUCGCCCAAAUUCCUCUGCGCUGGCAGAGAACAGCAAAAAGGUACGCAUGCUGAUGGAAGCUUCCGCAUCGUCCGACAAUGGUGUUGGUGAACAGCAGCAGCAACAGCAGCCAGAAGCUUCAACUUCAUCAGCGAAUUAAAUACACAGUGCCAUCUGACGUGAGAGGAGACGAAUCAGGACCAACGAAUCUUUAUCUUUCUACACAACACGCGGACCCUAUCCAAAAAAAAAACGAGCGAUGAAAUCCAAUUGCCACUGUGCAUACGAAGUACAUCCUUUGGCAAUUGUGAUUCCGUUCCAUAGCUGUUGAACCGCUGGCAACGGUUCAACAGUUAACAGCUUUUACUAUUAGUACUAGUUUCGUCACAAAAUGAUGAACACACUUCUUCUAUUUUUAGAGCUUUUUUUGCAACGAUAUUGUAAUUGUACCAUUAUAUUUGGUAUGAUCGCGCGUUGUUUUUUGUCGUCCUUUAUUUACACUGAGUUUUGAUGCAAUCAUUGCGUUAAUAUAUAUUUUUGUAAUUCCAUACUUCACAUUUCUCCAGUAAGGAAGCAGCUCAAAUUGAUUAAUAGCAUAAAAAAGGGAACCAAUUUCAUUCGCACGCUUCAUUUCUUUCUGUUGGUCUUUUGUUUCUUUUUUAUGUGUAUUUAUGUGCAUGUACAUAUGCUAAUGUAAGUUAGAUGUUUAAGUUAUAUCCUUUUGAUAUCAGUUCUACAAUAAAGUAAAAGUUAAUUAAAGUGAACGAAGAACGUACGGGUGAACCAUUGCCACCUUCUAACCUUUUGGGUUGAAAUGUCUAGCUUGCAAUAACCGAUGGAAGAUACAAAUCAUGAAUCAAAACAUUCAUCCCGAUCUAUCGCUUAAUGUAAGCUAGCUAAUUCAAACGUGUUACAAAUGUUCGACGAAAUUAAAAACAGCGAAAAUACGAAAGACCGUACAAAAAAUUCUGUAACUCGUGUAAAUAUUAAAGUUCACCGUAUUGCGUUAAAAGAAGAAAACAUUUUCCUUUGCAAACAAUGGUAUUUGCAAAGGGGAAACGUUUCCUGAUUUCUGCGGUUAAUAUGAAGCACGCAAACGAAAUUUAUCCAUUAAUAGUUAGAUAAGAUCUACAACAACGAUCUCAGAUAGCUAACGAGUUGCGCAUGAAAAGCAAAAUUUGUGUCAGACAGGAAUGCGUAAAUGAUAAAUGUUUAAGUGCAAGGUAGGAACACACCUUUCUAAACUUUCCUAGUCCUUUCUUUUGUUUUAUAUUGUUUUUCUUCUUUUUGUCUAUUGUGAAUCUAUUACGCUGAUCUAUCCUGCCUUUUAGAGGGUAUAGUACAAGUAAGCAAUUACAUUUUCUAGCCACUAAUACUUUACGUUUAGUUCUCGUGCCAAAUCGAGAGUGGUGUAAUUGGUGUAAUAUAGGCAUGUAAGUUAACGCUAAGCACUUUUGUGGUUCGUUUUCCUUGCGAGAGAUGCAUCGAAAAGGUACGAUUUUGAUUUUGCCAGUAUCUUGCCGGUAUGUGGAUUAAAGUCAAAACUGUCCCUUUUCUUCUAAUGCAAACUAGCAAAGAAAAAAAAAGUAUUGCUGCUGAAAGUAUAAAUAUACCGUGAACAACAUUUAUCGUUACCAUAGACGAAUAACAAACCGUGAGAAGUGAAGAACACAUUGAAGUAACGAAAUAGAAAGCAAAAAAACAUCAUUUUUAUCAGUAAAGACAACAAUCAAGUAAUGAUACAAUACAAUACAAUGAAACAGGAUUAACUAAUGUAAUAUGUAAGUGGAAAACUCAUUCUUUACGCUCAUUUUUUUUUCUCCUUCACUGUUUGUGAUGUUAUGCAAAACAAAAAGUAAUUUAUACCUUAGAGUUAAGGAAAAAUUUUCUAAGAAAAGAAUUACAUUAAGGUAAUAUGGCUAAGGUUUAAGAUUACACCAUUACACGUGCUAGAAGAAAACAAAAGUGUAGCAAAAGGAGGGGGGAAAGAAAAGAACUAGCCAGGUACACUCAUGGACAAAUAAUUGUGCGCGCUAAACUCAUUGCCCACGGCCUGAUUUGUAAACACAGCCCACCCUUUUUAUCCCUUAAGUUGUUAAGUGUUUCGUGAGUAUUAGAUAAUACAGAAACGUGUGUACAGCGGGCACGAAGUACGUGACGUAUUAGGUACUUGCAUAAAUUUUGUUCAAUAAUUUCUUUUGUCACAAAAGUUGUUUGAAAUGAUCAGUUACGGAAAACGUUUAACAAUUGUAUCCAAAUCAAAGUCGUUCUUUAGGGACGAUUUACACACAUUUUAACGAAACAUUGCAAGUAAAUAAUUUCGAUAAUAAAUAUCGCGUUUGUUUAAUCAUUUAAUUCUUCCAUUCUGCCUUGGAAAUGAAUCAAAAUUAAUGCAAAAACCUAAUAUGUAAGUACGUCAAGAUUGUAAGCAAAUCGAAACCGUUUGAUCUCUUGUUAGAUAUGUGCUAAGAAUUGUAAAGGCAAGUAAGCGAUAGAUAAUAUCUAACCAUACUGCACCCUCCCCGAGAUAGAGGCGGUCGAUGAGCGAAGUGAAAAAUUAUCCGACGAAUGAAAAUCAUCCACAAGAUAAGCACAAAAUAGCACAAUCGCAUCUAAUGUAGAAAUGGAUUUAAAAACACAAAAAGGAAAACGCACUUAGAACAAAAUGUAACUAGCGGAUGAAACAAUUUUGUAUUUAUAGAGAAACAAACACACAAUAAGCAAAAUACAAUACUGUAAUAAAUUACGCAAGAUAAAGCAAUAGUAGCUAUCAGUACUACACAAGCUAAAUGGUAAAAAGGUACCACGAACCGUAACCAGUCAACGUGUGCAAUACGAUAUCGGUCACAGCGUGAAAAAGGAUAGUUUUGUUUUCGUAUGGCCUUUUUCGCAUUGUACCCUGGGUUCAGUUAGUGGUCCUUCCGCAACAAAUAGGGAGAAAAGUUUACAAAAAUAUACAUAUACAUAUAUUUGCAUCUAACGCAAACAAACAGAUCGAAUGUAACAUAAUGGAAAAAGAUUAAUAAAAUCAUUCAACUCUAUUGGAAA